GUGAUAAAGAAGCCCCGCCCACUUUGAUUACGCACCAAGGGAGGGAGGAGUCGGGGGGGCGCGCCGAUGUCCUCCCCGGUGCACUCAGCCAACCUCGGCUGUUCUAAUGCAAAGCUGGUAGUAUCCCGUCGUACGGCUGCAAAGAAUCCACAGGAAGGACCCCGGCCCUCGCACAUCGGCGCCCUCCGACCCGACGACUGCCUGCAUCGGAGGGACUCCGCGCCCAGAUUACGCAUGGAAUGGUUCCGGGGGGAUUGGAGUAGCAAUGCAGCGCCGCACUUCCCGCCCACAACAAGGACCAUGCCCAGUUUACAUUGCAAGCAAAUCCAUGACAUCCUGUUCUGUCUGUUGCGACUUUGAUAUGAGCGCAAUUUGCUCGGACGCCGACGAGGAGUGAAGGAAAAAAAACCCUCCCCGGCACCACAGACUGAAGGACGCUCGCUGUUUUCCGCUGCAGACGCGCGUGUGCCGAAGGAACCCCCCCCCCCCCCUCCUCCUCCUCCCUCUGCGCUUAGAUAUUAUUUUGUUUCGCCUCCUUUUCUUUGAUGGAGCUGGAGAACAUAGUAGCCAACACUGUACUGCUAAAAGCCAGAGAGGGUGGAGGAGGAAAGCGCAAAGGGAGGAGCAAAAAAUGGAAGGAGAUCCUUCGCUUCCCCCAUAUAAGCCAGUGCACUGAGCUGGGAAACAGCAUUGAGAGGGACUAUGUCAGUAUCUGUGAGAAACAGCCCAUUGGACGGCUUCUCUUCCGUCUUUACUGUGAGACCAGACCUAAACUGCAACGAUGUAUCCAGCUCCUGGACGCAAUGGAAGACUAUGAGGUGACACCUGAUGAAAAAAGAAAAACCAGAGGGGACCAGAUCAUCAAGACUUUUCUCUCCAAACAAUCACCUCAGCGUGUAGACAUAGCAGAGGUUUUUGCAGACCAGUGCAGAGAGAACCUCGAGCUCAGUCCAUGUAAGGAGAUCUUCAGCAACUGCCACAAGGUCGUUCAUGACUACCUGAGUGGAGCCCCAUUUGAAGAUUACCAGAACUCCAUGUACUUUGACCGAUUGCUGCAGUGGAAGAUGCUGGAGAGGCAACCAAUCACUAAAGACACGUUCAGGCAGUACCGGGUGCUGGGGAAGGGGGGAUUUGGAGAGGUGUGUGCUUGCCAGGUCAGAGCAACGGGGAAGAUGUAUGCCUGCAAGAAACUGGAGAAGAAGAGGAUAAAGAAGAGGAAAGGAGAGUCCAUGGCACUCAACGAGAAGCUGAUUUUAGAGAAAGUCAACAGUAGAUUUGUUGUGAGCUUAGCUUAUGCAUAUGAGACCAAAGACGCUCUGUGUCUGGUGCUGACCAUCAUGAAUGGUGGCGACCUGAAGUUUCACAUCUACAACAUGGGCACGCCAGGCUUUGAGAAAGACAGGGUCCAAUUUUACGCUGCUCAAAUCUGCUGUGGCCUCGAGCAUCUGCACAGGGAAUGUAUUGUCUACAGGGAUCUGAAACCGGAGAAUAUCCUAUUAGAUGACAAUGGACACAUCCGUAUUUCUGACCUGGGGCUGGCCAUCAAAGUGCCUGAAGGAGAACUCAUCAGAGGCAGAGUGGGGACUGUGGGUUACAUGGCUCCGGAGGUGAUUAACAAUGAAAAGUACGGUAUGAGUCCUGAUUGGUGGGGGCUGGGCUGUCUCAUUUACGAGAUGACUGCCGGACGAUCCCCCUUUCGAGCCCGCAAAGAACGCGUGAAACGCGAUGAGGUGGAGAGGAGGGUGCAGGAGGAAGAGGAGGAGUACAGCGACAAGUUCACAGAGGACACUAAGGCCAUCUGUAGAAUGCUGCUAACCAAAGACCCUAAGCAGAGGCCGGGGUGCCAGGCAGAUAGAGGAGCGGGUGUCAAGGCCCAACCGUUUUUCAAAAACAUCAACUUCAAGAGGCUGGAGGCUGGAAUAGUGGAGCCGCCCUUUGUGCCUGAUCCUCGGGCAGUGUACUGUAAGGAUGUUUUGGACAUAGAGCAGUUCUCCACAGUUAAGGGAGUAAAUUUGGACCAAACUGACAAUGACUUCUACUCCAAAUUUUCUACGGGCUGUGUUUCCAUCCCAUGGCAGAAUGAGAUGAUAGAAACUGAAUGUUUCAGAGAUCUGAAUGUGUUUGGGCCUCAAGGGACAAGACCCCCAGAUCUGGACUGGAAUCAGCCGCCAGAGCCGCCCAGACGCAGUCUGUUGGACCGGAUCUUCAGGAGGCAUCACCCAGAGGUGUCCAUUUCCCACAGCCGUGUGCAGUCUUCCAGUGUAAACUCUGUGGACUCCAUCUCCAACUCUGCCCCCUAGUGGCACAGUGACAGUGUGGGAGCCACACAGACACACAAAGGGAAGGAGCUCUGAGGGGCUUCCCCGCUGCUGAUUGGUCCAAAUCCGGGGCCUGAGCAGCAGCCGGAGACAGCCUGUCUAAAAGCCUAAAUGGUCAGCCCAUGGGGUGGGGGUGGGUGACCAGGCCCUGAGACCCUGGGCAUUUGUAGUGGGGUGGUCAAUGUUGCAGAGACGUUUGGUAAUAUUCGGAAAAACCUAACUCACCCUCAGGAUUGUUGGACUAUAGAACAGAGCCACUGAUGUUGUUGAAAACAGGUAAAGAUAGAAAACAAGCUAAUUUUCAGGGGAUCCACUGUAUAAUAAAGACCGCCACCGGGAAUAGAAGAUGGGGUCUUUGUGAAUUUUCUUCUUUCUUUUUUUUUCUCCAGAAAUUGAACGUCUUUUUUCGCUCAUUUUCAGUCCUCUACUUUCUGGCCUGUAUCUAGUACCAGUAUCUCUCCAUCUAUUUCCACGCCCACCAUCUGUACAACUCAUACUCUAACUUACUCUUCCUCUGUAUUUCCACCUCCCAUACCUCAGAUCACUCCUUAAACAUUCAAAACACUUGCACCUCAACAACCUCAUCACAUAAUGUACAUUGCCUUGCGUUCACUCAGGCCAAAGAUUACAGUUUAGUUUUGUGAUACUGUUUUCUUGUUCAUGUCCUGGUUUUUUAAGGUUUCUAGCCGUUGUUUAGAGCCACAGGAGGAUCAGAAUAUGUGAUCCGUUUUAUACACUUUCUCUAAAUAUGAGCCUGCAGACAUAUCAUAUCGCUUAAAGUACACAUACAGUACCUAUACACACACACACACACACACACACACACACACACACACACACACACACACACACACACACAGAGUAGUGAGAAUUGUGCUGUGAUUUUGCAUGGACAAGUGUAAGUAUGGACAACUGUAUCCCUUUCGCUUCUGCAUACCUCAUUCCACUGAUGUUAGCAUUGUAUACACACAGACGUCUCCCUUGGUUUACAGUGUCACUUUAUAUUUACAUUUACAUUAUGUGGAGUUUUAAAAAAGAAUGAAUAUGCUGUACAGAAACAAGAAUCCCUUCUUUUUUCUUUUUAGUUUCCCCCCCUCAGCUUUCUGCACAGUCCCCAUGGAGUAGAGAGGAACACAUGCACUCAGCCUGACUUACAAUUUGCACAAUUUAAAAUCAUGUCAUGCUGUUUUGUCUCCAAAUGAAAAUGUUACCUCUGCUCGUCAAGGCACAUUAUUGUAUUGAUAUUCUCACAUGCCAGUUAUUUUCUUAAUCCAAAAACGUAAGUGUUCUUGCUCUCCCUAUGCCUUUUUAUCCCAUUUAAACGAUAUUGCUGCAAAGCCAUUGUUGUGUGCGUGUACAGGUUUUUAUAUUUUGCCCCUUUACGCUUACUCUUAACUCGCUCUUCAAACUGCCUCACAACUCUAAAGGGUCUUCCUCUUGUCUUGUGUUCGAGCAUAUUCGAAGACCACACCGGGUAUCGACAGCUACGUUAUGUGUUUAUCCUAUCGUAGCUUUAUUCAAUUGGCCCAGUUCCUUCAUGUCGGGGCAGAAGAAGAAGACGAGAGAGGAUCCUGCAAACACCACACAAAGAAGUGACCUUCUCGCAGCAGCACAGCCAAUGAAAAGGGAGGAGGAGCUCAAUUUCUUGUGCUUGUUUUAAGAAUGGGCUAUUUUUCCUAUUUGAGGUGUUGAAAGCUGGUCCAUGCAGUAAUUUUAAUGGUCCUUAAAAUCUCAUUCGAUCUUGUUUUCUUUCUUUUUUUGCAUACUUUAUAUGGAAGGAAGAAAAAAACCCUGAAUCAGACUAAAGUGCCUCCUUGUUAACAUGAUCUCCCAGAACAAUGUCCACACAGACAUCAGCACUUUGUUUAUUCUCUGACUGUCAUGCUCUGUGUUUCACUGGGAAACGCGUCAUCACAAAUACACACAGACUCACACAGUUUGUCGGAAGUGAGGGGAGCGGGGAGCUGAUGAAUGAGGGAGUUUUCCUUCUCAUUGUGAUGUACAGCAAAGUGCUGAGUGCAUGUGAAAGCCAAACCCACUGUGUCCUUCAAGUCCCAAUAAACUCUUUGCUAUUUGAGUA